CUCAGAAUUUGACCGGGGAGUUAAGAAAGAAGUCCAGCAGAACUCGUUAUCGGUUUGAAACCACAGCCGGUGGUUCACUUCCGAAAGUCGACGCUUUGUAAAGGCCAAGGCGGCUCGUUAGCCCGUCGUUAGCGCUGACGGCAAAGCUUUGAAACGGCGUUCUCACUUCAGGAGCCACGUGAUUGUUGCGGUAUGUUGCCGCUGGAAAGCUUAUCCGAUGUUGGAACUCUUUUUGGCAACAGCGGUCGGCCGUCCGCAGGUUUGAAGACGGCGAGAAGGGUAUCUGCUGACGUAACGUGGGACGUGUCAACUCCGAUUUUUGUCUCAGGAAAGGCAAGGAAGAGCAUCUUUGGACUUGGCGAAGAGAUAUAUACAGCUUGUUCACACCAGCGCCAGCUUCUGCUCUCCAAAACUGAACCUUGGGAACUCUGUAAACUUUAACUUAUACUCUCUCAACAUGCUCGGUGCGCUUACUUACAAUAUCCCGUGGGAGUCCGACCUGAGGGUCGGCGAAACGCAGACCACUCCCUUCAUGGACUUGGUAUUUAGCGACGUUUCGGCCAAAAUCACCGUUGAUGGAAUCACCCGCCGAUUCACCCUCCUCACAGCCGACUACACUGACUUGCUUGCCACCGUGCGUUCGCUGUACAGCCUAAAGGCCGAUAAAGACUUGACCCUUUCGUGGAUCGAUGAGGAAGGAGAUGAAUGCCGCAUCGACCAGCAAAUCGAGCUGCAGGAAGCCAUCCGAUGCGUCAACCAUAACGGAGAACGGGCGCCUAUCCUCAAACUGAAAGGCCUCACCGUAUCACGCUCAUACCGGAGCGUGCAAUUGUUUGAAUCGUACAACUCAGACGAUGUUUCUGACAACGCAUCGGACGACUCCUCCGACGACGGCGACUCGGACUUUGACAACGAGGACACUGCGCAUCUCACGGCUGGAGCGUACUACCAGCCGCUGUCUAGCUUGCCGGGCACGUUGAUGGGUGAGAUGGAGGAUAGAGAAAUGGAAGAAGGUCUCCUCGCCUCGGCAAUGGGAUGGAAGCAGACCCUCAACAGCUGGGUAGUCAACGAGCAGAAGAACGUAGGCUGCCAAUCCGAGGCGCUAUCCGUGGGUUCGAGAAGCGCGAUGAGCGUGCAAGCUUCGGUCAUCACACACGAGCAGGCAGUGCAGGUCAUACCUCAUCACAUACAGCCACCUAUGAAUUUCUUCCAUCCCCUCUUCAACGCCCCCAAGCCGAGGACCAUGAUGACCUCGACAGCAGCGCAAACCUCGGCUGUUGUGGAGUUCCCUUCCGUAACCACCCGGGAUGCCUGCACACAGGUCGUCGCUCGGGCCGCAGAGUCCACCAUCGCCGUCCAAGUCGCUCCAACCAUCAUGGAUCAGACAACGCAAUACGAGAUCCUUUCGCCCUCAUCGUCGUCGGCGGCGCACACUUUCCGCGCGUACCUCGAUGCUUCGCGGGGGAUGUGCCCUUCAUCGGCCCCCGACACGUCCUAUAUGCGACGAAGGAGGGCAAAGACCGUGGGAUUCUGCCAGCACCCCAUCAAAAUCCCUAGCGUGAUUGAGGAAGAGGAGGAGGAGGAGGUUGACGCGCUUCGCUCGACAGAUGGCAGCGAGUCGACGUCGUUCCCGGGAAGUCCUUACCCACGAGCGGAGAUCGAGGAAGCGGAUGAAGAGGAGGAGACUGGGGAGCGAGACAGUUUCGUUCUGGUGUGAUUCGGCGUAUUUGGUGUGUAUGUAUAUGUGUAUAUAUAGAGGAGUUCCCGCGUGUUACCAUAUCUGUUUUUUUUCGUAAUGAUGAUAUCACUUUUGAGUGUAAAGAAACGAUUUGAUCCUUAACUCGCCCAGCCUGCCUCAGCUUUCUUCAGACCUGCGCCCUGCCAGGUUGCGUACGG